AGACCUUAAUUUGGAAAUAGUCCUUGGCCUUAAAAAUAAUCCAACUCCUCCUUCUUCCUUAUUCCCCCUCCUCUUUCACUCUGCAAUAUUGUUUCCUGAUGCCUAUAAAUAGGUGACUGCAUAUCAAACCCAACACAUCCAAUAUAUUUAUCAAUGGCUGCAGCUACCACUUCUUCCAAGACGCUACUAUCCGACUUAGCCUCCACUGUUCAAAAUGUUCCCUCUAAUUACAUCAGACCCAUCAAUGACCGUCCAAAUCUCACCCAAGUGGAAGUUUCUGAUGCUUCUUCUAUUCCUCUUAUUGACCUUGAAGGUCUUCACGGUCCCCGCCACUCUGAAAUCAUCCAACAGAUUGCUCUAGCAUGCCAGCACCAUGGCUUCUUCCAGGUGAAGAACCAUGGAGUUCCAGAGGCAAUGAUUAAUAACAUGUUGAACAUUGCAAGAGCUUUUUUCAAAUUGCCAGAGAGUGAGAGGUUGAAGAGUUACUCUGAUGACCCUUCUAAACCCACUAGACUUUCAACUAGUUUUAAUGUCAGGACAGAAGAAGUAGCCAACUGGAGAGAUUUCUUGAGACUCCAUUGUUACCCUCUUCAAGAUUACAUCCAUGAGUGGCCUACAAAUCCUCCAUCCUUCAGGGAAGAUGUGGCUGAGUAUUGUACAAAUGUGAGGGGGCUAGUGUUAAGACUCCUUGAGGCCAUAUCAGAGAGCUUAGGGCUUCAGAAAGAUUAUAUAGAGAAAACAUUAAGCAAACAUGGCCAACACAUGGCUUUGAACUAUUAUCCUCCCUGCCCACAACCAGAGCUAACUUAUGGACUUCCUGGACAUACUGAUCCUAAUUUAAUAACCAUUCUUCUUCAAGAUGAUGUGCCUGGUCUUCAGGUUCUCAGAAAUGGCAAAUGGGUUGCUGUAAAUCCUAUUCCCACCACUUUUAUCAUCAACAUUGGUGAUCAAAUGCAGGUACUCAGCAAUGAUCGGUACAAGAGUGUGAUUCAUCGAGCUGUGGUGAACUGUGACAAGGAGCGCAUAUCCAUUCCCACCUUUUAUUGUCCAUCACCGGAUGCACUGAUAUUUCCAGCCAGGGAGUUGAUUAGCAAUGGCGAUCCACCUGUAUAUAGAGAGUUUACAUAUGGUGAAUACUAUGAGAAAUUCUGGAAGAGGGGACUCCAAACUGAGUGCUGCUUGGACAUGUUCAAAACCUCAGCUACUUUUUCCUUUUAAUUAGCCACAGACACAGUAGGUGUUUGUGGAGAAAUAAUUUCGCCACCGUUCAAGUAACUGAUCAUGUCUCUUCUAUAAUACUUGAAAUUAAAUUUAAAUGGACAAAA